UGUAAACGCAAUCAUAACGUCAUCUGGGAUUAUUUCUUUUAACUUCUAACUUUCACACCUUUUUUUCUUUUCUCCCGACAAUAAUUAGGACAGAAACUACUUACAAUGGGAGCGAAAGCAUCAAAACCCGCCCAAUCGGCGACACGCAAAUUCCCUACGAGGACGCCUGGUACUGCUGCUCCUCCACAUGCUCGAUCGCGACCGGCAGCGCAACGAAGCUCGGAACCACGUGCCUCGUUCACAAAGGACGACACAAUUAAAGCAGAUGGCGCAGAUCCAGACCCAAAUCCCGUGACAAACGCAGCAUUCUCGCAACGAUUAAAGCAAAUGGGCGUCGCAACGCCGAAUCCGACACUAUCGAACUCAUCCACCGCUACACCCUACCCCGAAUUCACAGGGCCGGGACCGCAUUCAGGACCCAAUUUCCCCGCUGCAGCGCAAAAUCCCACAUUAAGUGCGCUCGACGCCCGACAGCGAUUACAAGACCGCGCGGACAUCGAAUUUGAAAACAUCGGCCAGGGAAGGGAAUUCCUGGAUGUCGGGACGUUACGGCAGAUGCUGAUUAUGCAGGCGCAAGGGUCCCCGGCCGGUGAUAUCGAGAGGCGAUUACGGCUCAAGAGCGGCGUUGUGGGUAGAUUAGGGCCGAGGGGCGUUACUUUACCGUUGGCCUAAGUUUAACGAAUAUCACGGUUCUAAAAAAAAAUAAUAAUGUGGAAAAUAAAAGGACCGGAAAAUCACGAUUAUGAGAAAAGGCAUCAAACUUGGGUGUAUAAUAUAAUGCAUUUGAGGUAUGUUCAAAGCGCCGCCAUCUAUCGCAUUUGCUGCUAUAUAUUCAUAUUUGGUAGUACACUUAUUCCAAAUCCAUAAUCCUCAAGCGCAGCCAUGAACCAUAAGAAACGCUCUUGCGUUUCGUUCGUUCAUUCGAGAUGGGUCGCCCUAGCUUAUAUCUAUACUUGCCAAUUUAAGUAGAUAUCGACAUUAUAUCUCCCUUUCAUUGGACUUUCUCACGCAUUUCUACUUAUAUGUAGUUUGG